AAAAUAUUUCUGAUUUUCAAUCCAAAUGCAAUGCGAAUUUGAGCGAGAAAAAACAACAACAACAAAUAUGGCUGCGCCCAUGGUAGACGGCACGAAAGAUUUUUGUCCGUGUGAUGAUAUCAUUCGUUUCACGAAAACAUUGAACAAGCUACGUCAGAGCGAUGACCGGUUCAUAUACAAGCUGAACUCUAUGCUGCCGACUCAGACAUUCAAGACAAGGGUGAACCCGCAGGAGGAGUGUGCACAUCUGUAUGAACAUAUGCUUGCAGAUUAUAAUCAUCGUGAAAAAUCAAUACAAAGGUGUAUAGAUUUGAAAAAGUCUGAAAUACAUGAGCUUCGACAGAAACAGGCACAAAAUAGAGAUGAUACGGAUGUCCGGGAGAAACUUCACAAGGCCACAUACAUGAUAAAACAGUUUCAAAAAGAGGUACCUCAGGAAAUGAUUCUUAGACAAAAGAGUUUUCAGUUGUUCUAUGAGAGAUGUGGGGACCAUUACCAGCCUUCUAGUUCAUGACCUUAGCUGUGUUCAUAGGGAUCUUAACGAAGAACAUUAUCACAACAGAACAGUUGCAUAUUCGAUUUAGAGAGGGAAAUUCGAAAGUGGCUGGAAUUAGAAGUGGUCCGACUUUUGAACUGAUUUGAAUUGAUUUGAAUUUUAUUCCAGUCUGGGUGUGUAAAUGAAAUUGCGUGACUUGAACUGAUUGAUGUAGGUGAUAAAUAAUGAAUUAUAUUUUAAGAAUACACAUUAAUCGGUUUUAAGUGUUCAUUAAUUUAUCAUUUUGUUUUUUUUUGUAUUUAAGUGAAUGAAUUUCUUCUUAUUAAAUUAUGUUGUUUACAAUUGUAUUUUUUGUUCAAAAAUCAAAUUCAAAUAUGUUGUUUUUAUGGUUUUUGAAAAAUAACAAAGUUAUGUUUUUUAACUGUAAAUCUUUAGACUUUAGUAGCUAAUUAUGUUGUGACAAAGCACAAAAAAAAGAAACUGCAAAAUAUUAUAUUUGAUAUGUGAUAAUAAAU